UACACCAGGAAAGUACCGUUUGUAGCGUAUGAGGGUGUGCGUGAAAGAUAUGGCGUGCAUCCUUGCGACAAAAGACGGACGGUCGAGGUAUUGCAGCCUGAGUUUCCGCAUGUAGAUUUCACCCACAUAGAUGUAGGCGAGGACUCUCUUUGGACACCCACACGCGAAACCGAAGAGAAUGUUAAACUGAGGGUUUUGGCUUUCUUGAAAUUCCUCGGCACUCGAGCAGAAACGUCUAUCGCAGUCGUCUCGCAUAACGAUUUUCUAUCGACUUUCUUCAACGUAAUUGAAGGCCCUGAUAGCCUACGUGGCAGAUUCUAUAAUUGUGAACGAAGGACGGUGGUACUAACCACCAGGUGGCAGUAG